GUCUGGAAAACAGCCUAGCUAGCUGGAUGCCAUGGUUGAAUGUAAACAAUUACCGAGAAGUAUUGAACUCAGAAUUGACCGAAAUGACAGCCUCAGGAACACGAAAUCCGAAGGAAUUAAAAAAUAUGAUUUCUGCAAGCAAGCAGGAUGUUGAAGUCAUGAAUGCCAACCUGGACAAACUCAAGCGAUUGUCGCAAGAGGACAAGACAGAAGCAGCCAUGCUGCGGUCACGCAUCGAUGAGCAGGCGCAGCUAAUCUGUAUCCUGAAGCAGCGGGCCGAUGAGUCCCUAGUCAAGGCCCAGACCUUGGAGCGUGUCAACAAGGAGCUGGAGAAGUUCCGGGAGCAUGCGCAGGAGAUGCUUGAGGAGGAGAUCAAGAAGUUCAACAUGGUGGAUCGAAGGUUUCAAGAGCUUGCAGAGAACCAUGAGGAAAUGAUCAGGUUCAAGGAUGAGUAUAAGAGACAAAAUGAGAUCCUAAGGACAGAGAAUCAACAGCUGCGUGAAGACAACGCCAAUCUCUUCUCCGGAGCAAUAGAAGAGAGGGAUCAUAAGAUCAAAGAGCAAAACAAGGAUCUAAAACUCCUCAAAGGACAAUGUAGAGACAUGGAGAGAAGAUGCAGUUUGCUUCAAAACGAAAUGGAUGAGAAAGAAAGACAGCACAAAGAGAUUGCAGAGAGGUUAGAAAAGGAGCUGAAAUCUGCCAAGAAUCAAAUCAAAGAUGUGUUAGAACAACUCAAGCAAGAGAGGGACAGUAAAAUUGUCACAGAGUCUAGCAAUAGUUUGAAGUUGGAAAAACUAAGCCGAGAGAGACAGGAGUUCUUAGAUCUCUCGAUGCAGAGAGGAAAGUUGAUUCAGGACAAACAGCGUGAGAUAAAGCAAAUGCAGAAUAAAGUGAAAGAAGCUGAGAGAGCACUUCUGAAAAUGGAGGAGAAAUUUGAGAGAGAAGCUGCCCUAGUAUCCACUAACUUACAAGUCAUUAGAUUAAAAGAAGAAAGAGACAAUGCAGAGAGGAACCUAUCAGGUCUUAAAAUGGAAUAUGCCGCCUACAAGAAGCAUACUGCUAGCCAGUUAGCCAAGGAGAAGACUCUCAACACACAACUCAGGAAUCUUGUCUCCUGAUUAGCACUGAGGAUAUAGUAGUUACCACCCCAGGGGCCUGUUGCAGAGUUGCAUUGAAACGCAAGCCAAAAAAAAUCAAUCGCAAGUCCCAAAUGCGUGCU